AUGACUCCGCAUUAUGGAAAGAGAAGGAAACUUGAAUUUAUUCCACCUCUCCCCUCAAGUCAAGGAACCCCAGUGGACAAGGCCCUAAAGGUCCACAUGCCAGAACCCAUGUGCCUCAUUGAGAAUGUGGAAGGGCAGCUGAGGCCUAAUCAGAAGGCCCUGGACAUCCUGUCAGCCAUCACACAGCCUGUGGUGGUGGUGGCGAUUGUGGGCCUCUACCGCACAGGGAAAUCCUACCUGAUGAACAAGCUGGCUGGGAAGAAAACAGGAUUCGCUCUGGGCUCCACAGUGCAGGGUCAUACAAAAGGAAUCUGGAUGUGGUGUGUGCCGCAUCCCCAGAAGACAGACCACACACUUGUUCUGCUUGACACGGAGGGCCUGUGUGAUGUGGAGAAAGGCAACAGCCAGAAUGACUGCUGGAUUUUUGCCCUGGCUAUACUUCUAAGCAGCACCUUUGUGUACAACAGCACGGGAGCCAUCAACCAACAGGCCAUGGACCAGCUGCACUAUGUGACAGAGCUCACAGAUCGGAUCAGAACGAGGUCUUCACCUGACCAGGAUGGUGGGGUGGAAGACUCGGCUGAUUUUGUGAGUUUCUUCCCUGACUUUGUGUGGACUCUGAGGGAUAUGACCCUAAGACUUGAAGCAGAUGGACAAAGCCUCAUGGCAGAUGAGUACCUGGAGAAUUCCCUGAAGCUCAAGAAAGGUGCCUGUCAAGGAGAUAAAAAUUACAACCUGCCCCGACUCUGUAUCCGAAAGUUCUUCCCAAAGAAGAGAUGCUUUGUCUUCUAUCCACCCACUCACUGGAAGAAGCUCUCUGAACUCGAGAGCCUGUGGGACGAUGAGUUGGAUUCUGACUUUGUGCAGCAGGUGGCAGAGUUCUGUUCCUUCAUCUUCAGCUCUUCCAAGGUCAAAGCUCUCCCAGGAGGCAUCAAAGUCAAUGGAGCUCAACUGGGGGUUCUAGUGCAGACCUACGUGGACACCAUCAGCAGUGGGAUUGUGCCUUGUUUGGAGAAUGCAGUGAUGACCCUGGCCCAGCAUGAGAACUCCAUAGCUGUGCAUAAGGCAGCUGACCACUACAGCGAGCAGAUGGCCCAGCGAGUGAGGCUCCCCACAGACACGCUCCAGGAGCUGUUGGAUGUGCAUACAGCCUGUGAGAAGGAAGCCAUUGCUGUCUUCAUGGAGCACUCCUUCAAGGAUGACCAGCGAGGGUUCCAGAAGAAGCUUAUGGAGACCAUAGAGGAAAGGAAGGAAGCCUUCAUGCAACAGAACAGAGCAGCAUCUCUCAGUCACUGCCAGGCUGAGCUGGAGAAGCUUUCAGAGCCCCUAAGGGAGAGCAUCUCAAGUGGAGUUUUCUCUGUUCCUGGAGGGCACAGCCUCUACUUAGAAGCCAGGAAGAAAGUUGAGCAGGACUAUGAGCGAGUGCCCAGGAAGGGAGUGAAGGCAAGUGAGGUCUUCCAGAACUUUCUGAAGUCACAUAUCCCUAUUGAAGAAUCCUUCCUGCAUUCAGAUAAAGCCCUUACUGAUGGACAGAAAGCCAUGGCAGCUGAGCAGGCCAAGAAAGAGGCAGCUGAGAAAGAACUGAAGAUAGUGAGAGAGCAACAGAAGGAGAAACAGGAAGAGUUGGAGGCUUUAAUGCGAAGCUUUUCAGAAAACAUAUCCCAGCUACAGGAAAAGAUGAAGAGUGAAAUUGGGAACCUUCUGAUUGAGCAGCAAAGGGUUCUGGAUCACAAGCUGAAGGCACAAGAAAAACUAGCUCAGGAAGGAUAUGAGGAACAAUGUGAUGAAUUAAUAAUGGAAAUAAAGCUAAAGGAACAAGAGAUUCAAGACAUUAAACAGGAUCAAUUUUCAAAGAUCCUUGAUGAAGCUCUAGCUAUAUUCCAUGAUGUACUGGCCAAAGAGGUGAUGAAAAGGUACUUAGAGUCCAUGGAGGAUGUGGCUGACACACUUGCAAAGAUGUACCAGUCCCUCACAGAAAAGGAAAAGCAGAUUGAAGUGGAGCGUAUAAGGGCGGAUGUUGCAGAGGCUGCUAACAGAGCAUUGGAGGAAAUGCAAAGGAAGCACAAGCUGAUGAUGGGACUGAAGGAGAAGAGUUACCAGGAGCAUGUGGGACAGCUGACUGAGAAGAUGGAGCAGCAAUGGAAGGACUUAAUGGCUGAGCAAGAACACAUCAUAUCUAGUGGGGUACAUGACUCUGCUAACUUUGUGGGCUUCUUUCCCAUCUUUGUGUGGGCUCUGAGGGAUAUCUCCCUGGACCUGGAAUUUAAUGGGAAACACAUCACUGCUGAUGAGUACCUGGAGCUUUCACUGACCUUGAAAAAAGAUGAUGACGAGAAAAACUAA